CUUCUGAUUUAGAUUGAAAUGUCAACAAAGGGAGAGGGAUUAAAUGUUCUGAAUGGAGAGAGGAAACGCUUUCAAACCAAAACAAGAUCUUAUCCCAUGUCUAUGUUAAGGUUAUGUUAAAGUUACUCCAUUGAUGCAGAAUAUUGCACAAAAAAUACUGGACAUACAAGUGCAAAUCUUGUAUUUCCAAAACAUGUUAUAUUUGCUGGCACAUUCUGACUGGUUCGUGUAAGGAUAUCACUCACAUUUCAAUUACACUGUCACUCUAAUCUGAUGUUCUGAAGCCAAUCUUCACUAUGGCUCCCCUCAGGCUACUCUGAGCUUAGCAGACACAAGCUGUUUCUAUUCAGCCUGUUGGCCUCUGUAAGAGGAAGAGAAUACAGUAGCUGUGGCCAAAAUGAGGAUGUCACCAUCACUUUCAAGUGAGAACCUUGUUAAGUCUCACGGCUCACAGCUAUUAUCCCGAUUAUCUUAAAAAUCGAUUCAGCAGCGACACACAUGAGAUGACAGGGAUCAAAGAGAAGGCAAGCAGGGAAGAAAGAAAGGACAGAUUCUCAGUCUCAACUUCCUCCAAGCUGAAUUACCUGCGCUUCAGGCGUAUGGUUGGGGGCACCCUGGCCCCUCAUGUCCCCUGGCAGGCCAUGGUCUACCUGAGUGAAAACGUCAUGAACGGGGGCUUCGCUGGGGGAGCUCUAAUCUCUGACCGCUGGGUCCUGACCGCUGGCAGGAACUUGUUUGUCAGAAAGAGUAGGCAGGACACCCAGGGGAAAGAACCAAUCAUCCCCAAGGUGUACCUAGGCAUCACGCGACGCUCCCAAGCCAAUGCUUCCAAAGAAGUUGCUGUUGAAAAGGUGGUUCUGCACCCAGGCUUCCAGAACGUGUCAGACUGGGACAACGACCUGGCUCUGAUUCAGCUGAAGCGGCCAUUCACCCUGAGCGAGGAUGUGAUGCCCAUCCCUCUGCCUGAGAGGGGUGAGGACCUGGCUGAGGCAGCCCAGAAGAAAGGCAUCAUCACAGGCUGGGGCUUGGGGGUCCACUUCACCCCCGCUGAGUCACUGAAACACCUGGUGUUGCCUGUGGUAUCGCACGGCUUCUGUAAAGCAGAGUACAACCCCAGUGGCCAAGUGCUGAGCAGGACUCCUACCAUAGACGACAACAUGUUCUGUACUGGAGCCAGCAAGUACCAGGAGAAUGUGUGCUUUGGGGAUGCAGGCGGUGCCCUGGCAGUCCAGGACCCCAAAGAGGGCAGAGUGUAUGCUGCAGGGAUCCUGUCCUUCGAUAAGGCCUGUGCCGUGGAGAAAUACGCUGUCUACAUGAAGCUCUCUGCCUACAUGCCUUGGAUCAACAGUGUCCUCAGGGGCGACAGUGAGACAUCAGCCAGUCUCCGCUCCAGUGUAAUGUCUGACAUGUAUUCGAGGCAGUUGUAGCCUCCACUCAGCACAGUUUCAGAUAUGAGAGCCGGGGCUCAUAAUCUCCAUUAUGCCUUUGCAAACAAAGUCAUUCUCUGCCUUGAUCUUGUAAAACUCUCUCAAGUUAUGACUUUCUUUGAGUGUGUGUCCUCGCCUGAUUGAGUAUGUCUUCCGAUGUUGAUUUCAAAGGAUUUUCAAUAAAUUCAUCUCUCU